GACAAGGUCCCUGGUGGAGUGAAGCUUUUAUUUGUAGAGCUCCCCCUGCUGACUGGCUGCAGUAUAGGUCAUAAACUCCGCCUCCUCAGUGAUAACAGACGGGAUGUGGGUCAAACCUAAACUCUGCUGUGAUCAUUAGUUAUUAUCACCCUACAUUGUGUUCAAGUGCUCCUUUUUCUGUGAAGUUUGUUUUAAAUAAGUUAUUUCAGGUUGAAAAAAUGGAUUUUACGUCAUAUUUGACGAUGAUUGACAGCCGCCGAUCUUGCGUAGCUCUGUUUGUGAAUAGCAAAUCUACAUAGCGAAGGAAAGCCGAGACGCCAUUGAACAUUUCCACUCCGUGUUUGUCUCUCCUGGACUGACUGAAUGAGUUGUUCUGCUGUAAACACAUCUAACCAACCUGUGGGAUUUAAGGAUAUCUGCGUUAACUUGGUGACCAUGAUGCAGCCAGACUGAAGCAGCACGUUGUGAAGGUGGACGCCAUCAUCUUGUCUUUGCAGCGCUGAUUCUGAAGAGAACGCCUUCACAUAGGACUCAAAGGAAAUCAGUGCUUAAAGGAAACAGCAGUCCAGACUCUGAUUCCAGCUCCGGUGAGGUUCUGCACACAAAUCUGAUUAUAUGAGAAUAUUUAACAUUAGUUUAAUUCAUCAGGCUGGCCCAUGUGAUGACAGUUUAAAAUAAUCUUCAAUAGAAAGUGGCAGGAACACUUUUGUCUUAAAACAUAAAUUCAUAAAGCUGAUCAUAUUAAUGGAUUCAUCCUGUCUUAUUAUAUAUUUUGUUUUUCCUCUUAAAUAGUUCUCCUGUCUUAAAAACAAACUUUAGAAGCUGAAGUUUAGCAGAACCUGAGGACAGAUCUGAUUUCAGGUCUGAGGCAUAAACAUCACAGUAAAAUUCAUUAUACUUUACAUUUAACUCCAUGAUUGUUUUUCUUUAUUACAGAAGAUGCCCUCAGAUUCAGAUCCAUCAACAACCCCUGACAACAUGGAGGACUCGUCCCCUGAGCGUUUCCUGUCCUCUCUCCAUGGAGUUCUUCUCUUCAAUGUCCAGCAGCUGUUGGUGAGUAAAGAAGAGCUUCCACCUGAGCAGCAGGAGUGGAGCCACAUUCUGGACCAGGAGGACACUAAGCCCCAACACAUUAAAGAAGAACAUGAGGAACUGUGGAUCAGUCAGGAGGAAGAACAGCUUCAAGGACUGGAGGAGGCUGAUACCACCAAGUUCCCCUUCACUCCUGUUUCUGUGAAGAGUGAAGAUGAUGAAGAGAAACCUCAGUCCUCACAGCUUCAUCAGAGACAAACUGAACAGAUGGAAACAGGAGCAGAACCAGAGAGAGACUCAGAUCCAGAGAGACGUUUACAACCAGAGACUGAGGUCGAGACUGAAGACUCUUAUGAACCUGAGACUGAUGACAGUGAUGAUUGGCAAGAGACAAGAGAAGAUCUGUCAGAAUUAAACCUGAAAAUUAAGAAACUAAAGACUGGUAAGAGACCACACAGGUGCUUGGAGUGUGGUAAAAUAUUUAACCAUAAAGGCCACCUGACCAGACACAUGUCAGUUCACACCGGAGAGAAAGCCUUCAGCUGCUCUGUUUGCAGUAAAAGCUUUACCCUAAGAGGAAAUCUAACCAAACACAUGAUGAUUCACACAGGAGAGAAAGCCUUCAGCUGCUCUGUUUGCAGUAAAAGCUUUACUCAUAGACAAAGUCUGACCAGACACAUGUUAGUUCAUACUGGAGAGAAACCCUUCAGCUGCUCUGUUUGCAGUAAAGGUUUUACCCAAAGAGGAAGUCUGACCACACACAUGUUAUUUCAUACAGGAGAGAAACCCUUCAGCUGCUCUGUUUGCAGUAAAAGCUUUACCCGAAGAGGAAGUCUGACCACACACAUGUUAGUUCAUACAGGAGAGAAACCCUUCAGCUGCUCUGUUUGCAGUAAAAGCUUUACCCAAAGAGAACAUCUGACCACACACUUGUUAGUUCAUACAGGAGAGAAACCUUUUAGAUGCUCUAUUUGCAAUAAAAACUUUACCCUAAGAGUACAUCUGACCAGACACAUGUUAGUUCAUACAGGAGAGAAACCCUUCAGCUGCUCUGUUUGCAGUAAAAGCUUUACCCAAAGAGGAAGUCUAACCAAACACAUGUUAGUUCAUACAGGAGAGAAAGCUUUCAGCUGCUCUGUUUGCAGUAAAAGCUUUACCCGAAGAGUACAUCUGACCAGACACAUGUUAGUUCAUACAGGAGAGAAAGCUUUCAGCUGCUCUGUUUGCAGUAAAAGCUUUACCCGAAGAGUACAUCUGACCAGACACAUGUUAGUUCAUACAGGAGAGAAAGCUUUCAGCUGCUCUGUUUGCAGUAAAAGCUUUUCACUGAGACAACAUCUGACGUAUCACAUGUUAGUUCAUACAGGAGAGAAACCCUUCAGCUGCUCUGAGUGUGGUAAAAGGUUUGGUUCUAAGAGAUAUCUGACCAGACACAUGAUGAUUCACACAGAUGACCUUCUGAAGUUGUUUGCAGUAAAAGUUUUACCAAAAGAGGAAAUCUGACCAGACACAUGAUGAUUCACCCAGGAGAGAAAUGCUAAUCCUGUGCAAUGGUAAAACUGAUCAAAAGGAUUCCAAGUUAACAACAUCACUAAUGUGUAUUCAUAAGUAUGUAUUGACUAACAGAUGUAUAACUGUUGUUAUAAAGGGAUAUAAGACAAUUCUAUUCACAGAAAUCUGUCUGUACUUUUUUGACAUUGAUGUUUUGUUGCUGACAUUUGAACCAGUAAGUUGGGAUCAGCUAUGACGUUUGAAUUUAAAGUCUUUAUAUUGUUGAAAGAUCAGAAAGAGUUAUGCAUUUGUUGAAUUUGUUUUCAUCAUAUAUUUACUUUUUCUUUUAUUAUCAUUUAAUCAAUUUAUCAUUUACUUCAUAUAUUUACUUUUGUUAUCACUUAAUCUUUUCAUCAUAUUCUUUCAUAUGUCAUAUUGUCGCUACGACUUUUGGUUUUUGGCUUUUAUAUUUCCUUUCAAUCCUACACACACCCGCGGUACCUACGCACCUGUGAGGUCAGGAUAAGUGUACCAGACUUUGAGCAAAACCACAUACGAAAUCGUAGGUGUAUAGUGUUUCUGCGUAUCUGCCUGGUUCACGGUCAUCAAGCUAAAACCACAUAUGAACUUAGUAUCACCUGUGUUACCUUGUAUGCUUUGACAUCAAAACCACAUAUGAACUUGGUA